AUGGACUCCGCCAAUCGUGAUUCUUCAGAAAAGACUCUUGCAGAGUCCGUUGCUUCGGACAAGUCGAACAAGUUGGAUAAUUCGAAUAACUCACACGACAAAUCAGAGGAUGACAAGCCAACGGACGACAAACCCAAAGAGGGAACCGAUGAGCCAUCAAUAAUCAGGGAGAGAUCAUCAAACGAAGUCACCAAAGAUGCCACACUCGACACAAAGGACGUCGAAGCAAACAUACAACGAACAAUCACAACAAAGCUAUUCCCAGUCACAAAUCUAGAUGAAGGAAUUGUCGGCUGGGAGAGCCAAGAUGACCCCGAGAAUCCGCAGAAUUUCUCCAUGGCCCAAAAAUGGGGCCUUUUAGCCUUGAUGAGUGCCAUCACGUUUAUUUCGCCACUGGCAUCGAGUACGUUCUCGCCGGCUGUGAGUUAUGUUGCUGCCGAUCUGCAUGUAACCAAUGAGACUGUUCUCUCGUUCAGUGUUAGCAUUUUCUUGCUUGGAUAUGCUGUUGGACCACUUAUUCUCGCCCCGAUGAGCGAGAUUUACGGCCGUCGAAUCGUGCUCAGCUGUGCGAACUGGUUCCUCGUGCUGUGGCAGAUUGGAUGUGCGCUGGCUCCGAAUAUCGAGACUCUGAUUGUCUGCCGUAUGUUCGCUGGCAUGGGCGGCGCGGGUUGUGUAACCCUCGGAGCAGGGCUAAUUGCAGACCUUUUCCCUAUUGAGCAGCGAGGUCUGGCGACGGCUUUGUGGAGUAGCGGUCCCUUGUUCGGCCCGAUUGUUGGACCUAUUGCGGGCGGUUUCAUGGGCGAGACGGUGGGCUGGCGCUGGAUCUUUUGGAUGGUCAUGAUUGCGGCUGGUGUAAUGGCGUUUGGAAUUGAGAUUUUGAACCGCGAGACUUGUGCUGCUGUUUUGAUUCGCCGCAAGACUGAGCGCUUGUCGAAGGAGCUAGGUCGUAGUGAUCUCCGCAGCGCCUAUGCGACGAAUGCGGAGCAAGUGUCUCUCUCCUCGACCUUGAAACAGGGCUUGAAGAGGCCUAUCAUUCUCUUGGUCCGGUCGCCCAUUGUCCUACUGCUUUCCCUUUAUAUGGCCGUGGUCUACGGUCUACUUUAUCUGUUCUUCACGACCAUUGCCACGGUCUUUAUGACGCAGUACGGCUUCUCCGCUGGUCUAUCGGGACUGGCCUUUCUGGGAAUUGGUCUCGGCUUCUUGAUUGGAUUGAUCAUGUACGGGUUGACCAAUGACCGCGUUGUCUUGAAGCUCAUCCAACGCAACGGCGGCAAAUAUGAGCCGGAGAUGCGUCUACCAGCAAUGAUCUUCUUCGCAUGCUUCCUCCCCGUCAGUUUCUUCUGGUACGGCUGGUCAGUCGACAAAAAUGCGCAUUGGAUCGUGCCCAUCAUCGGUAUGUUGCCGUACGGUAUAGGGAUGAUGGGGGUGUAUCUCCCGGUCCAAACAUACGUCAUCGACUCUUACCAAAGGUAUGCGGCGUCGGCCAACGCGAGUCUCACGACUGUUCGAUCGUUGGUGGGUGCUGUGCUUCCGUUGGCGGGACCACAAUUGUUCAGGGCUCUUGGUCUUGGCUGGGGCAAUUCCCUACUGGGGUUCAUUGCGCUUGCAUUCCUGCCAGUCCCGAUCUUUUUCUCACGGUAUGGGCAGCGCAUUCGGGAGAAGUUCCCAGUGAAUUUGGAUGGAUGA